GCAACUACAUCACCUUGUUUUCCUUCCAAAACCCACCUCAAAACUCAACAGAAGACUCCUUUUCCGGCGACUCAGAGACUAUUUAGACUAGUAUUUGAAAGAAUGGCUUCCGGUGGCGAGCAGUUUCCACCACAGAGGCAGGAGAGACAGCCUGGAAAAGAGCAUGUCAUGGAACCUGCCCCUCAGUUUACCAGCUCAGACUACACACCAUCCAAUAAACUUUGUGGAAGGGUGGCGCUGGUGACAGGCGGCGACUCGGGGAUUGGGCGAGCAGUGGCAUACUGCUUUGCUCUAGAGGGUGCAACCGUGGCCUUCACAUAUGUGAAGGCUGAAGAGGACAAGGAUGCCCAGGACACACUACAGUUGAUCAAAAGGGCAAAGACUUCUGAUGCGAAAGAGCCCAUGGCAAUAGCGGCGGACCUGGGAUUUGAUGAAAAUUGUAGAAGGGUAGUUGGUGACGUCGUUAAUGCGUAUGGCCGGAUAGAUGUACUGGUUAACAAUGCGGCUGAGCAAUACAAGUCAAGCUCAGUGGAGGAGAUUGAUGAGGAAAGGCUUCUGAGAGUGUUUAGGACCAAUAUCUUCUCUUACUUCUUCACCGCCAGGCAUGCUCUGAAGCACAUGAAAGAAGGGAGCUCCAUAAUCAAUACAACAUCCGUGAACGCAUAUAAGGGAAACAGCAGAUUGAUCGAGUACACGGCAACCAAAGGUGCCAUAGUGGCUUACACUAGAGCUCUAGCUCUCCAGCUUGUAAAGAGAGGCAUACGCGUCAAUGGGGUCGCCCCCGGACCCAUCUGGACGCCAUUGAUUCCGGCAUCUUUCAACGAGGAAGAGUGUGCUAAGUUCGGGUCUCAAGUGCCUAUGGGAAGGGCUGGUCAGCCCAUUGAAGUUGCUCCAUCGUAUGUCUUUCUUGCCUGCAACCAUUGCUCCUCUUACAUGACUGGCCAGGUUCUCCAUCCUAAUGGUGGAACUAUAGUGAAUGCUUGAGGGCCAUGUGAAAGAAACGUCUUUGGCUUUCUCUGUUCUGUUAUGUUGUAUGGAAGAAAGAGUGGCAAACAGUGUCUACGGGUGCUUUUGUAUAUGGCUCAGCUGCAGCCUGCCGAUGCACCUGGAGAGUGCUUAUAAAGUGUCCAAUGUAUAUACGGUUCAGCUACUUUAGUAUUUGGGAAGUUUGUAUUUAUUAAGCAUCUGGUGUUAUGCAGUCAUCUGCUUGUUGCAUGAGCAAGCCUGUAAUUCUGUUUUUCUGGAUGUUUUUUAAGUUUUCGAGCUAUGA